AUUUGCUACGCCAAAUCCUUAACAACCGAAUGCCUCCAUAUCUAGUGGCUUUACAGAUACUUAAAAUGGAUAUCAUAGUUGUUGUCUGGAUCAUAAUUUGGGCUGUAUUAUCGCUAUGUCUCCCAAUUGCCGUAGCCGCGCAGUUGUGUUGUGCGAAUGGCAUUCAACGAUUAGACGAGGACUACUCAAUUGGACCGUUCGCUUCUGCCGAGAAAUGUACGAAGAGAUUUCUGGAAUAUUCACUUCAUAUCCUGCUGUUUUUAUUAAUUCUUGCUAUGGCCGUGAUUUUGGCAGCAAAUGAACAAAUUUCCAGAUCAACGUCGAAGUCUCCGCUAUCGACAAACAUCGUUUAUGAGGAUAUCAACACCUUCCUUCGCAACACUCACAUGCAAAUUUCUUUUGUCGUGACCUCUUCAACGGACAUUGCCAUCGAAGACAUUAGAGAAGAUAUGGAGGCUAUUGUUGAUCUUCUUGGGCAGCCCUACCAACAGGAACUGGCUUCAGAAGUUGGAAUUGACUUAGCUUUAAUAGAGCUCGAGGAACUAAAAAUAAGUUCUUAUAAAGUUACAUCUUUGGUGUCUGCUCUACUGGAAGAUUGUGCUGCAGCAAAGAUUGCAGGAGUUAUGCUACAAGAGAAGUUGAAUGAGAUUUCCCUAGAGUUGACCAUAGCAAGACAGCAAUGCGAUUUAAGAGAUAGGACUUUGUGCUAUACAUUGCAGCAUUCUGGCUUUGAAGUUUCAUUUUCUAUGGAUAAUUUGACAAGUGACCCUAAAAUAAGGCAUUUGGAUACAUUAGCACGAGAGGACAAUUUCAAUGGCAGCGUGGAAGCGGCUCGCAAAAGUUUUGCGUCAGUUCCAGAUCAAGUCGCCUUGGAGACAACUUCCUACAUAACAGAGGCAAGGGCCAUUCUGAACAGGAAAAGAACUGAAGUGUACAAAUCAACUCAUGCUUUGGACGUCCUGAUGAGGUCCCUGUCAGAAACACUACGUCUCAGUCAAGAAUCAGUUUUGACGGUCGUCCACAAAAUGGUAGAUGUCGAUUUUUGGAGAUGGAUUAUUGUUCUCGGAAUUGCCUCAUCAAUGUUUUUUGUAUGGGGACUUCUGUUAUGUGGAGCUCCAUGCGGUUGUGGAAUAACGUCUAAAACGGUGUCCUUUUUAUUUGCAGGUAUUGGUGUUUCCUGUCUCGUUGUUAUUUUAGUUUGGGCCUUGGGAUCUUUUUCUGCAUUUGUUGGUGGCCACAGUCAGAGCUUUCUAUGUAAUUCUCUAUACGACGCACCAGAUUAUAAUGUGCUUGGAGAGUUGUUUGACUCCGAUGGUGUUAUCUUUAAAGAAGGAUUAUUUUCGGACUUUACUAGUAAAGAAAAUGAUACCAUACCUGUAGCAGACGUUAUUAAGCAAUGUCAAAGGGAUUACCCCGUUUACCAAACGUUUCACCUAAAUAACACGAUAAAUAUUGACAAAAUUGUAAACUACAAACAGUGGGAGGACUUGACAGUUCUAUUUUCGAAUCUCAGUCACGGAGAAUGUUCGUUGGAGAUUUUAAGCCCCUCGUUACAGCUUAACUUACAGGGUCUAUCUAGUGCAUCAUCUCUUAAUUUAACGUACUACAGAUUACAAAGUUCAGGACCAGUUACAAAAAGGGACCUAAACUCCUUUGCCGACCAAUUAAAUACCGUCGCCCGGCAGUUAUCAGAUGCGGGCAGUGCCAGAAAAUUCGACAAUCUUGCGUUUUCCGUAAGAAAAACCUUCCAAAACGAAGUAAAACGGCUAAUCGAAAUUAGAAAUACGAUUGUGUACAAAAUAACUGCAUUAGAGGUCUUAUUACCUCCUCUUAACCAAAAGGUCAAUGACUCUUUGGAGAAUUUGAAGAAUAUACAGUUCUUUUUAGAUACUAAAGGAUCACAAGUGGCAAAUAAGGUUAGAAAACGAUUUAUCAGCCGCCUUAUUAGCUACUUAGAGGACUUAUACAGUUACGUCAAAAGGAAAAUUUCUAAGGAAAUAGGAAAAUGUCGUCCCCUUUGGGAAAUUUUUCACUCGAGUCGAGUCUACGCUUGCAAAUUAAUUGUGGACCCGCUGAAUGCAAUCGCCUUUUCGAGCUUCCUUGUAAUUAUCAUUUUCCUGACAAUGGCUCCGAUUGUUCUAAACUUGGUUCAACAUUACAGACAAUUCGACGGUGAUUUAUCUUCGUUUUCUCCGAGUAACGGUCUACUUGAUGAAGAGAGCGCCUGGGCUUCUCCGGCUUCGGGAACUCCACCCGAAAUACAAUUAGUUGAAACUUCGCCACCUGCGUUCAGGGAAAGGCCUACGAUUUCAACACGGACUAGCCCUUCUCCGCCUAGACAAUCGAAUUCUCGAGGUAGAAUACCUUCUCCUCCUAGGCUUCCUACAAUUUCAUCUCAAGUGCAAUCACCCAGGAAACUGUCAGCGUUCUCGUCAAGGAUUUCAAAAGCAAGACAACUCACUCAGAUGGCAAUAACUGGAUCGAGGUCGCCAAGAAGAGGAAGACGUAACCACGAAUCCUUGAAAUUGGUGGAACCGAUCUGCUGGAAAGUUGGGUCAACUACUCCAAAAAGUUGGAUUUAA